CACAAACCCCAAUCUAUGGAGAUCGUAACACUAGUUGACGGCAUUGCCACCACCACAACCGGCGGUGCCGUACUUCCCUACCUCCUCCUUGCUCUUCUUGUCCUUAUUAUUCUCAUUCUUAUUAUGAUCGCUGCUUGUAAACCAUUCCGCCGUUUUUUCUCUCCUUAUUUCCGUUCUUCCACCAUCAAAACCACGGCUUCCUCUUCCGAUGUUCAAGAAGAUGUAGAAAGACCUCUCGUUUCUCGAGAUUCGGACGAGGUUGAGGCUGACAUAAGUGAGAAUCCCAGCAAUCAUGAUUUAGAAAGCAUGUAUAAUCAAGCUGAUGGGCAUAUCGGUUCACCUCGAACAAAUUAUAAAAAUGGUCUUCCACCUAUCCAUCCUCGCACCCAUUCGCAGUUGUCACAUGGUGACAGCCUUAUCCUUGAUAUUUCUGACCAUUCCGAGAGAGUUGUGGUCGGGCAAACUUUGAAACGCCCUCAUGUUUCUGCUGGAGAACAGAAAUACGAUUCAGAGGAAGAUUCAAAUUUCAAGUCGAAAAUUAAAUCAGAUGAUGGUAGUCCCAGGAAAUUGUUUAUAUCAAAAUCUUCUGCAGAGCAAAGAACCAUCCUCAACUUGGAGGUUAUUUCUGGUCCUUCAUGUGGGGCACAUCACUCUAUACUAUCAACAAACAAAUCUAAGCUCCCAUUGACUCUUGGAAGAGUUUUGCCCAGUGAUGUAUUGGUGACUGAUUCAGAAGUAUCUGGGAAGCAUGCCCGAAUAAAUUGGAAUGCAAGUAAGUUGAAAUGGGAGUUGGUUGACAUGGGUAGCUUAAAUGGAACUCUUUUGAAUUCCAAAGCAGUCCACCAUCCUCAAACUGGAAGUAGACAUUGGGGUGAUCCAGUUGAGCUCAGUAGUGGAGACAUAAUAACUCUUGGCACAUCUUCAAAGAUACAUGUUCAAAUUACAUCUCCGCUAAAUAAGGUCCCAUUUGGAGUUGGAGUAGUGUCAGAUCCCAUGUCUGCACGCAGAGGUGGGAAGAAGUUGCCGAUGGAAGAUGUCUGCUAUUACCAUUGGCCUCUGCCUGGGGCUGAUCAGUUUGGGCUGUUUGGCAUUUGUGACGGACAUGGUGGUGCAGGUGCUGCCUCAUCUACCAGCAAAAUAAUGCCUGAGAUGGUUACUAGAAUUUUAUCUGAUACAUUUAGAAGAGAGAAGGUUUUUUCACAUUGUGAUGCUUCAGAUGUCCUUAGAGAAGCAUUCUCUCAGACAGAAGCACAUCUGGACCAUUUAUAUGAGGGUUGUACCACAACAGUGCUUCUGAUCUGGGCUGAUGGUCAUGGCAAUUUUUUUGCUCAGUGUGCAAAUGUUGGCGAUUCAGCCUGCAUUGCAAAUAUUGAAGGGCAACUAGUUAAAUUAUCGGAAGACCAUCGAAUAGUCAGUGCCACCGAAAGGCUACGGAUGCAAGCAGCUGGAGAACCACUAAAGGACGGGGAAACACGAUUAUGUGGUUUGAACCUUGGACGAAUGCUGGGAGACAAGUUUCUCAAGCAACAGGAUGCUCGAUUCAGUUCAGAACCUUACAUAAGUCAGGUGGUGUACAUGAAUUCAGAAAGCCGGGAUUUUGCUAUAAUGGCCAGUGACGGGUUUUGGGAUGUUGUUAACUCUAAGAAGGCCAUCCAACUCGUCCAUCAGGCAAGAGAUAGAAAUGCUGCGACUUCUGAAGAAAAUUUAGCAGAGAAAAUUGCCAAUUCAUUGUUAGGGGAGGCGAGAGCACAACGUACAAAGGACAAUACAUCCAUAAUAUUUUUAGAUUUUGACAUAAACCAUUCUUGUAAACAUGAUGAAUGAUGUAUAGAAUAUUAAUAUCACAUCUUAUUUAAUAUUAUAACAUAUGUAAAAUAUAGUUAGCCAGUGAGCCCUUGGUGGAAGGUGGCUUGUCUUCAUAAAUGGGGAGUUUCACACCAUGAAUCCCUAUAUUUUCCAA